AUGGCGCCUGGUGGCCAUCUUCCUGCUGCACUGCUGGCGAGUCGGAACUGCACACUGUGGAUGGCGCCUUCGUCGCUGCCGUCUGCAGGCCGCGGCAUCUUCACAGGCAUCGACUUGCCAGCAGGCGCUGCUGUUGCCGCCUCCCGCGUCGCCAUUCUGCCCAGCCGUAUCGCAGAGCUGACCCAGUUGGCGACCUACGUCUUUGCUGGUCCGGCCUCUGAGAAGAGAGGGGAGGCCAUGAGCCGGCUCAUGGUGGGUCCGGCCUCCUUGGCCAAUCAUGGCGUCGGUGAUCAGGUGAACUGCGAUCUUCAAGUCAAGGAGGCAGCGGCACGACAAGAUAACGUGUGGCAACAGGAGGGGAGCACAGCGGAGUUGCGCACACGGCGCCACAUAGAAGCAGGAGAAGAGCUCUUCAUCUCCUAUGGGACUGAAGAGUGGUUCUCCGACCGGGGCCUUCAAGCCUCCGAGGAGGUCCGCACAGGCUCAGCCGACGAAGGAGGCACAUGCGUCAGCCACGUGACGGCAGACCUGAACUCUCCAGGACUCGUGGCCUCUCGCCGUCUGCCGGCGAAGGAGCGCUUACUCUCCCCGGCCUUCCUCCUCCCGGCCGCCUUUGCCGAAGCGCUGGAGGGAAGCCCCGGCGCGAGGGAUCUCCUGGCGGGGGAGGUCUCCGUCCUUCCCGUCGCCUUCCCGGGACGCUUCACGGCCGAGUCGUCGACUCGGCCCGCGAACGCCGAGCUGCAGAUUCGAGUCGAUGGACGGCCGCUCACGCAGGAGCCUGUCGAGGCGCAAGCACUAGCCGACUCGAGCAGGCUGCGGCUGGAGAUUCUUGUGACGACAUCGACAGCAAUAGAAGAGGGCGAGCCCAUCGUGACAAAGCUUUGCGACAGUGGCUGCCCGGAGCUCUUCCCCGUAGCAUGGGGCAUCGAUCUUGAUGCGGCCAGGCGCCACGCCGCCGACGCCGGUGACGUGGAGGCACAGUUUCAGCUCGCGCAGUUGGCGCGGCUCAGCCCGGAGGCCUCAAAGGAGUCCCCCGGCGAGGCUCUGCUUUGGUAUCGGAAGGCGGCCGAGUCGGGUCACAUUCCUGCGCAGUUGCGACUUGGGGCGCUGCUGCACGACGGGGACAGACACCGUGCGCCGGACCCCGCCGCAGCCGUGGCCCUGUACCACACAGCUGCAUUAGCGGGCUCCGCCUCUGCGCAGUUUCUGUUGGGUUUGGCCUACAGCAACGGGGACGGCGUUGAGGCCGACUUUUCUCAAGCUGCACAUUGGUUCAGUCUCGCUGCAAGACAGGGCAGCCAGAGCUUCGCAAAGGCGGACAAAGCCAUGUACAACCUCGCCGCGGCCUAUCGCGACGGCCGGGGAGUUCCACGUGAUGCGGAGCAGGCUGUCGUGUGGACGCGUCGAGCAGCAGAGCUGGGCCACACCAAAGCCAUGUUCAACCUUGCCGUGGCACUGAGCCGGGGCGACGGGAGUCUCAAGAACGUCUCAGAGGCGAUCAGAUGGUACACCCUCGCAGCCGAGCGAGGUCAUGUCCUCGCGCAGUACAACCUGGCCUACGCCUACCAUGUGGGAACCGAUCUGGCACCCUCGGAUGUCGAGUCGGCGAAAUGGUUCCGCAGAGCUGCAGAAGGAGGCAGCAAAGAAGGCCAGUUCAUGAUGAGCAAGCUGUGUCGACGAGGCCAGGGGGUGGCCUGGAGCGAGGAGGAGUCUGUGUCAUGGCUACGGCAAGCUGCAGGACAAAAUCACGGCCAAGCACAAUACGAGUUGGCCGUCGCUCUAGAGACAGGCCGUGGUGUCCCGCAGAACCAAACCGAAGCAGACUUCUGGUACCGGAAGGCUGCAGACGCCGGAGUCCAGCGAACUUCUCGAGGAUUCUUCGGCCUUCUUGGGCGCCUUUUCGGGAGGACCGAGCUGUGA